CCCACAUGGACAUUGUUAAUCCCUUGCAGACUCAUGUUGUGACCCUCAGUUCCAACAACAAAUUGACACUCUGGAGAGCUCACGAUGGAGUCGAGGAUGCUGUGCUUGUGGUCCACGAAUCCGCAAAGAUAUUGGUUACAAAUCCCUGCCUGCCAUAUGCUGCUUUGGGAAGAACUGAUGGUGUCCUGCAUCUGGUCAACUUGUACGAUACACAGAAUAUUUCAGAUCUGGUUAAAUUCAGACUAAGUGAUCAGCCUAUCAACUUCAUAACUUUUCCUCAAUCUGGGCGCUACAUAGCCGCCUCCAAUUUGGAAUCUGGUGAACUGUUUGUUAUUUCUGGAAGCGUUGGUUCCAAAAUGGACAUCUUGUACUACAUCGAUAUCCGGCACCAGUGCGCGAUGCUUACCUGCAUGGAAGUAGGGAGUGAUGUCAGGAUUGCCACCUUGAUGGUGACGGAUGACACUUAUCUGGCAGGCCCCUACCAGAUAAUGGGUCACUGGGGCUCCAAAAAAUCAACAGGCAUCCAUCCUGAGCCUUCAAUAAAUAUAAAUGUGAUACAAACCGAAUUACUUGAUUUUUAUUUAGCACAUGUCGGACAGUAUUUCAAAGCGAGCGCUAGCCGACCAAAUGUUACUAAGAGGAACCAGAAUGGUAAAGGCAAUUUAUUAGAAUCUCAGCAAAAAAAUGAAUAUUAUAUGCAUAAAAUAAUCUGA